AUGCAUCUCUUUGCGACCACUCUCGUUUUCUUACAAGCGGCCUUGGCUGUCGUUGGACGUCCCAAGAAUGCUCCAGGAUCUGUCAUGGCCCGUCCUGACCAGUACAACAAUGCGACGACGCAGCUUUGCGAGGACCGAUUCCGCUACCAUCCAAACGGACCUCGUCCGCCUCACCCAAACCAUCGCGACGGGAAAGUCAACAUGGGUUACUUUGUAAACUGGGGUAUCUACGCACGCAACUUUCAGCCCCAGGACAUUGACGUGAGCAAGCUCACGCAUAUUCUCUAUGCGUUUGCCGACACGGACCCGACGACUGGUGCUGCCAUGCUCACAGACCUCUAUGCCGACCAGGAGAAGCACUACGACGGCGAUAGCUGGGUCGAGCCCGGAACGAAUCUGUAUGGGGCGAUGAAGCAAAUGUACUUGCUCAAGCAAGCUAAUCGCGGACUCAAGACGUUGCUCUCGUUUGGCGGGUGGACUUACUCUCAGGCGGGUCAUCUCAACUUUGUCACGGACCCCACUGCACGCGCAACCUUUAUCUCGACCGCCAUUACGCUCCUUGAGGAUAAUGGCUUUGACGGCAUUGACAUCGACUACGAGUACCCGUCGUCUGUCGAGCAAGGCGUUGGCUUUGCGUCCCUCUUGGCCGAACUCCGCAUCGCCCUUGACGCACACGCAGCAAGCAAAGGAGAUACCGUGCCUUAUCAAAUCACCGCCGCUGUAAGUGCUGGGUACUCGGGUUACCAAUACCUGCCCAUCGCCGCCAUGGACGAUACCCUCACCUAUUGGAAUCUCAUGGCGUACGAUUACUCUGGCUCGUGGAGCACUGUGAGCGAUGACCAUGCAAACUUAUUUCCUGGCAAGACGACGACUGGGUUCAGUACAAAUGCCUCUAUCCAAUAUUAUCUUGGUCAGGGUGCUUCCAAGUCGAAGAUGGUCAUGGGCACACCACUUUACGGACAUGGCUUUGCAAAUACAGAUGGGAUCCGAAAGCCAUUCAGCGGCGUAGGCGCUGGCAGUUGGGAGGACGGCAUCUGGGACUACAAAGACCUCCCUAGACCUUAUUCGACCGUGACGGAAGAACGUGAUUCGGUCGCAGCUUAUUGCUAUAAUGCGACCACGCGUCUUCUUGUUUCUUACGAUACCCCCAAAGUCGUGGCCCGAAAGGCUGCCUAUGUCAACCAAAACGAUCUCGCCGGCACCAUGCACUGGGAACUUUCUGCAGACAAAAAGGGCGCCGAUUCACUUGUGCUUACAUCAGGAAAGACUCUAGGAAAGCUCGACAAGACCAAGAACCACCUCAGCUACCCAGGCUCCAAGUUUGAUAACAUUCGUAGUCAGAUGGGGACCGUUGUAACGACUACAACUACCACAUCCACGUCCACGCCUACGCCACCAUCUUCAAUGUCGACAAGUACAGCACAGACAUCGGCGCCGCCCACCACAGAAUCGAUACUUGUGGCAGGCAAAGCGCUGGACAAGGAAUGA